AUGCCUUCGAAUCAUUCUUCUAAAUCAAAAAUAGAUAUAUCAGAAUCUUCACCAUCUUCACCAACUUUAAAUCAUGAUAGAACCAAAUCACAAAGAUUAAUAGAUAUAAAAUAUUCAACCUACAGUACUUUUAAAAAUGUAUUCAAAGAAUAUAGAAAUAGAGAUUGUUUUGGAUGGAGAGAAAAGGUAGAGGUAUCCGAAGAGUAUCCUUUUGGAUUAGGUCAAUAUCAAUGGAUAACCUACGAAGAAUUUCAAAAGAGUUCAGAGUAUUUUGGUAAUGCGCUAGCUCAUUUGAUACCAUCUAGAUCAUUUGUUGGAGUGUGUGCAAACAAUUGUAUUGAAUGGUACUAUGCAGAUUUCGGAUGUCUUUGGUAUGGUAUGAGAGUGGUACCUUAUCAUCAUCAAAUCAAUUGCGAAUCGAUGUUGGAGAUGCUCACCAAUUCAGAGACAUCGUGUAUGAUCAUUUCGAAAGUUGCAUUCGCCGGGUUGGUAGAUAUAAUCACCAAGUCAAAGUAUAGAAAGAUCAAACUAAUCAUACACAUCGAAGAUGACUUUGAUGAGGAAACAAGACUACGUCUACCACCAACCAUUCAAUUCCGACUAUUCAGUAACAUGAUGGAAACAGGUCGUAGAAUUACCAAACUAAAACAUAAUCCAAUUAAAAAAGAUGAAAUAUUAUCAUUAAUUUAUUCUUCUGGUUCAACUGGUUUACCAAAAGGUGUUAUUACAUCCGAUAGAGAUUAUAAUCAAUAUGUUUACUCUACGAACAAUGAAUAUCCACAUGUUGCAAUUAGUUAUACUACUCUUGCACAUGUUCAACGGCGAUCCGACCAUAAGGUGCUGUAUUGUGGUGGUAGAAUAGGUUUGUUCUCUGGCAAUAUGGAGACACUCUUUGAUGAUCUGAGGCUGCUGCGUCCACACAGCUUCUGGGCGGUGCCAAGAAUCUGGAAUAUCAUACAUGCACAGUAUCAACACGAGAUCACCCAGUAUCAAUCGGCCGCGCCAUCAUCAUCAUCGAUCAGUAGAAACCAAGCGGAGCUUGUUAUCGGUGAGCGUUUCAAGCUGAUUCUUGGCGAUAGAAUUCAAAUGGUGAUGACUGGCUCUGCACCUACUUCGCCGGCGGUCAUGGAGUUCAUCAAGAGAACGUGGGCACCUGCACCCGUUCUGACACUGUACGGCUGUACCGAGGCACUCGUUAUCUCUGUCAAUGACAACGUGCUGGAGCGUGUCGACUACAAGAUAGUACCGGUGGAGGAAUUCGGCUAUUCACCAGACGAUCAACCCUAUCCUCGCGGUGAACUACACGUUAAAGUCGAUCUUAACACCGGUUACUAUCGAAAUGACCAGGCUAACAACCAAGCAUUCCAAGAUGGUUGGUACAAGACUGGCGACAUCAUUGAACAGUAUGCACCAAGAAAGAUAAGAGUUAUCGAUCGUAAAAAGAAUGCUUUUAAAUUAGCAAAUGGUGAAUUCGUUGCACCAGAAAAGAUAGAGAAUAUGUUUUAUGCAUCAGAAAUCAUUGAACAUAUUUUUAUUUAUGGUUAUAUCGAUAAGACAUUCUUGACAGCUAUUGUUGUACCUAAAGAACAUAUUCUACAUAAACAUAAACUGACAAUCGAUAGUUCCAAAGAGGAAGUAGAAGAGAAUCUACCGAUUAGAAAUGAAAUAAUGAAUGAAUUGGAAAGAAUAUCAAAGUUAAAGAGUUUGGCAAAUUAUGAAAUACCUAAAAUGAUUACAAUCGAUAAUAAUAAGUGGACGAUUGAAAGUGGUAUGAUUACAGGUAGUGGCAAGUUUUGUAGAUCAAUUAUCUAUAAUCAUUAUGUGAAUGAUUUUAUGAGAAUGAAUGAUACCAUUGAAUCGAUUCAGACGGGUCUACGAUCACAAACAACAGAAGAGAAAUCAGACUAUAUCGAAACAUACCUCAGACUUGUACUUGGACUCGAUAGUUCAAGUGAAUCAAUAGAUCUCUCUAAAUUAUCAUUCACUCAAAUGGGUGGUGAUUCUGUUGGUGCCGUUAGAUUAUCAUCUUUAUUAAAAGAAAAAGCAAAUAUAGAUAUAUCACCACAAUUCAUUUUAAAUAAGAAUAAUAAUAUGAAUGAUAUCUCGAAUAUUGUGAAGAGUGGAAGUAGUUCCAGUGUAAAUCAAGUAUCAAUCGAUUGGAGUAAGGAGAUGGAAUUGGAUAGUGAUAUCACUGCUGUUGGAAAGAGUGCUAAACCAAUAAAGUCUGUUGGUAACAAUGUUUUCUUGACUGGUGCAACUGGAUUCCUAGGUGCAUUCUUGUUGUUUGAUCUGUUGGCAAAUCGUGGUGCUACCAUAGGCAAUGUCUACUGUUUGGUUAGAGGUCAAUCUGUAGAGGCUGCCAAAUCAAGAUUGUUACAGAAGCUCUGUGAAACCUACCGGUUGGUUUUGAGCAGCGAGAUGAUCGAUAGAAUCAUCGUUGUCAUCGGUGACCUCGAAGCCGAGAGACUGGGCAUUGCCAACGACCAGUACAACCAACUUGUAGAGAAUGUCGAUCUCAUCAUUCACAACGGUGCGUACGUUCAUCUUUUGAAUCCGUAUCCCAAUAUGAAAGGAACCAAUGUCGGUGGUACAGCGGAAGUACUUCGGCUGGCGAGUGCAGUCGGACAGCAACACUCGAUUAGCGUAGCGCAUAUCUCAACGAUCGGUUGUUUCUCUGAGCGUAACAAGGUUAUCACAGAGUUUGACAAACCAAAUGUUGAUCAUCUAGAUAAGAUGUUUGGCUAUACACAAUCAAAGUUGGUAGCUGAGCAACUGGUUACAAGUGCUCACCGCACCCGUAACAUUCAGGCUAUCAUACUCCGACCUGGAACCAUCUAUGCCAGCAGUGAAACCGGUAUAGACAACGAACACGAUUUCGUAAGAUUAGUAUUCCGUUCGAUUCUACACCUUGGUAGUUAUCCAAAGUUAAACAACCAGAACGGUGGAUCACUUCUCAACUUGUCGCCAGUCGAUUGGGUUGCAUCGUCAGUCACCAAUCUCUCACUCAAUCAACAGCAACAACAUCAACAACAACAACAAGAAUCAGAAAAUAUUCCAAUUUAUCACUUAAUUAAUCAACAUAAUAUUAGUCUAUCGGAAUUCUGUAAGGUUGUCAAUGACAAAGUUACACCUUUGUUGGAAUUGGAAUUCGAUGAAUGGAAAUCGAGACUGUUGUCACAACCAACCAAUCCACUGCACUCUAUGAGUUUAGUCUUUAACAAAGAAUACCCAGUGUUUUCGAGCUAUGGAUUCUCCAAUCCACUCACCCUCCAAAAGCUUAUUGACUGUGGAAUGAAUGCAUGUCCAUACGUAUCAAAGAAGUUGAUUAUUAAGAAUAUUAGAUAUUUGCAACAACUUAAAAAUUGA